AUCUCAGGGCAGCUGCAUGAUUUCCUGAGCAUUUUAUUGCUGGAGCUAGGGAUAAAAGCUCAUUUAUAUAUACAAACAGCAAUUCUCCAGUUUCUAUUUUUCCUCCUCUGUUCAUUCUCCUCCCCAAUUUGCAUCAGAGAAGCCAAACUCUGGCAUACUUUAAACAGUUUGAGGAUUAAUCUGAAAGAGGAAGAAGACUCUGUAUAUAUUGGCUAGCAGAUGUGCCCUGCCCCGCCCUCUCCUCUCUUGAAAAUAGCAGCGAUCCAUCUUUGCAAAGAAGCUUGCCUAGAGAGCAAGCACAUAUAAAAAUCUCCAAGGUAUCCUGAUUUGCUCGGCAGCUCACCAAUGAAGGUUAGCUCUCCAAGGGACUCGUAGAUACAUUUACUGAAGACCUGGAGCCUGUUUCUGAGAGCCAAUGCAAAAGGAUCCUAAACUGUGAACCUUGAAGACUGCAGUCAAAUCUUCUUCCAAUUCAAUCUAUUCACUGAGAACAGAUACCGGGCUGCCUAUACCUGAGAGGAAUGUAUCUGCAUUACUGUUUUCUACAGUAUUAAAGGAAAUAAGCUUGGGCAUACUUUGACAUUCCAAAGAAGAACUGACCAUCAUAAGAAGGAAUAUUUGUGAAGACUACUGCAGUUCCAGAAAGAGGCACCAAGCAAACAUUCCUAGAGAAACAUGGAUGGAGCUGGAAAUCUGACAGUAUCUUCUUCCAGUAAUAACACGUGCCAUGACACUAUUGAUGACUUCCGCAAUCAAGUGUAUUCCACCUUAUACUCUAUGAUCUCUGUUGUGGGUUUCUUUGGCAAUGGCUUUGUGCUCUACGUCCUCAUAAAAACAUAUCAUGAGAAAUCAGCCUUCCAAGUAUAUAUGAUUAACUUAGCUGUAGCAGAUCUCCUGUGUGUGUGCACAUUGCCUCUCCGUGUGGUCUAUUAUGUUCACAAAGGCAUUUGGCUCUUCGGAGACUUUUUGUGCCGCCUCAGCACCUAUGCCCUAUAUGUUAACCUCUACUGUAGCAUCUUCUUUAUGACAGCCAUGAGCUUUUUCCGAUGUGUUGCAAUUGUUUUCCCAGUCCAAAACAUUAAUUUGGUUACACAGAAAAAAGCCAGGUUUGUGUGUGUUGGCAUUUGGAUUUUUGUUAUUUUGACUAGUUCUCCAUUUUUAAUGGCCAAAUCUUACACAGAUGAAAAAAACAAUACAAAGUGUUUUGAGCCUCCUCAGGACAAUCAGGCCAAAAAUCAUGUUUUGAUCUUGCAUUAUGUGUCAUUAUUCAUUGGCUUCAUCAUCCCUUUUGUUAUUAUAAUUGUCUGCUACACGAUGAUCAUUUUGACCUUACUAAAAAAUUCUAUGAAGAAAAAUUUGUCAAGUCGUAAAAAGGCUAUAGGAAUGAUCAUAGUUGUGACAGCUGCCUUUUUAAUCAGCUUCAUGCCAUAUCAUAUUCAACGCACAAUCCACCUUCAUUUUUUACACAAUGAAACUAAACCCUGUGAUUCUGUCCUUCGAAUGCAGAAGUCAGUGGUCGUAACCUUGUCUCUAGCUGCAUCAAAUUGUUGCUUUGACCCUCUUCUAUAUUUCUUUUCAGGGGGGAACUUUAGGAGAAGGCUGUCUACAUUUAGAAAACAUUCUUUGUCCAGCAUGACUUAUGUACCCAAGAAGAAGGCCUCCUUCCCAGAAAAAGGAGAAGAAAUAUGUAAAGAAGAAUUUAAACCCAUAUCCAGUGUAAACCAAUGAAGAGUUUCCCAAACAUUUUCUAAAAUCAUUUACAAUAAAAAUAAAAAUUUCCAUUAACAAUUUGCAAAUAUUUAA